AUGUUCGAACAAACGAAACAGCCCCCCGACAAGUCUACCAAUUGCAUAAACUCAAAAAAGGAAAAAGCAAAAAAAUUAUUCCUGCAAGCAUUAAACCAUGAGCGUGAUGAAAAUUAUUUAAAGGCAACCAAAUUUUACCAAGAAGCUGUCAAGCUUUACCCAAAUGUCCUCAAACUGUACAUCAACGAUAAUGACGAGAGUAGUGAAAAAAGCAAACCUGUAGAAGAAGCCACUCCGAGAGAGCAGAAUGCCUACUUGAUUAACAUAUUAACAGAAAAUUUUUUUGGCAUUAUAAAGUUCCUGGAUUUUUACUCCCUCCAUAGGCUGCUGCUGGAGUACCCCCGCAUCCGGCACGACGGCGUCUACAUCAGCUGCGUCACGUACAUAAGAUCCCUGAAGGACAUCGGCAACAUACACCUGGACCCGAAGGACAGAGACCGAGUCAUUUACAACCCAUGCGUAGUGACCUACUUCCGCUACCUCCUAUUCAUCAACGACUCGAACAAAGUGCUGGUGAUGCGCUCCGAGGUGAACAAAAAGGAAGUUUUGGAAGCCCUAAAAAUAUCGUACAACAAGUUAAAGCAUUGGGAUUUGUCCGUGCCAAGUGAUGCCUUGAUAAAGGGGUUAAUAAAAUUCCAGGGGGAGAGCGAAAACGGCUUGGUUAAAAUGGUUAGGAUAGGUGAAUAUACAUUUAAUGAAAGUGAAAGGGUCAUCGAAAUAAGUUACCCCGAGUCUCUAAGCGAACCAUUUAAGUAUAAAAAUAUCAUUCAGUUGCGCCUGAAAAAUUAUUUGAGCGCCAGCAACAACAUGCUCAAGUGGAUGUCCUUCAGAAUUUUGUCCAAGCUGAAGCUCAGCUCUUCGGAGGACACCCUCAACAUCAAAAACCGGCAGUACAGGCCCUUCUUCUUCUUUAACCUGAACUUUCUGUCCCACCUGUUUAUAACAAAAAUUCCGGAGACAUGACGCGCGCGGGGAUGUGCCCACCUGGGCGAAUUCGCCGCAGUCAGAUCACUCACAC